GUGGCGCGGAGCGGCGCGGAGGGGCCGCGGCGCCGUCGCCUCGCCAUGGGUCCCAAAGCAAAAAAGGGUCCGGGUAAGAAGAAACUCACCAAAGCCGAGCGUCUGAAGCUGCAGCAGGAGGAAGAGGAGAGGCGACUGAAAGAGGAAGAGGAAGCCCGAUUGAGAUUCGAGAAAGAAGAGCAGGAAAGGCUGGAGCGCAUGCGAAUCGCUGAGGAAAAAUGGCAUCAACUUGAAGAAAAAGAUCUCGAGAGGCGCAACCAGGAGCUGCAGGAGCUGAACCUCUUAGAGGAGUGCUUCCUGGAAGCGGAGAAGUUAAAGCAAGAAGUCAGAUCUCUGUCUCGGGAAAAGGAGAGGGAAGAGAAAGAGGGAGAUAAACUUACCCAAAAUGAAAAGAUCCAUUUCUUUGAUCCCAUAUUAUUUGGGUAUUUGGAUCAGCAGGAAAGGAAGCGGCUCUGGACAGGGGCUAACGAAGUAGACUUGGAGAUUUACGGCCUUCUUGUGAUUUCUAUCGCUGAAGACCUAGAAGCCAUGAAGAAUGCACUGAAGAAGAAAUUACUAAGUGACAAAAUAUUAGAAGCCCAGAAGCUCCUGGUGAAGAACACCUCUGAAGUGCCAGAAACGAAGGACAUCUUGGACGUGAAUCUGUGCCAGUUCUCGCCGCUGGGCGGCGUGUUCUACCUGGACAUCCUGCAGCUGCCCCCACUCUGCAAGCCAGUCAAGGGCUGGAUGAUGGUAGAGCUGCUCAGAGGAGGAUUACAGAAUUUCACGUAUCCUCCUGAGUCGGUGGAAGAGCUGGAUCCGGAGAACGCCUUUCCGCCCAUCGAAAUCACCCUGCAGCUCCCCGAGAACGUCAUCUUCUUCGAAGAGCCGAUGGUGGUCAGGUGGGACGCCGAAGGUCAGGGCUGGAAGAAGGGCGGCAUCAGCGACGUGUAUUACAAAGAGGAAGACAAGCUCCUGUCCUUCAGCCUGGAGCUGCCCGGCCCCUUCACCCUGGUCCAAGACACUCACAUAAACAUGCCCUACCUGUCCUGGGAGAUGGUGCCUCUGGACCUGAACAGAGUCCUCCUGACGGUGACCACGGCCUUCACCGAGUUCCAGAUCCACGUCAAGGAAAACCUCUGUAUGCUAUCUUCAGUCAAGCUGAAAGACCAAAGGCCAGUUUCCAACCUGAAGGGCAAAUGGCUGGCUCUGAUCCCCUUCAUUACUGCGCUGAAAGAAGUUGGGCUGAAUAUCUUCCCGACCCAAUACUCUCAUCUAUACGUGAUUAUCAACAAUAAGGUGGCCCUGGUGGAGGUCAAGGCCUACCGACAGAUCGCCCUGCUGAGCCCGGCCUUCGCCUUCAGCUGGAGCAAGUGGAACGCGGUGUGCGACUCGCAUAAGGUGGUGUUUAAGGUCCAGGAGCAGGCGCCCGGCGGGCCCCCCGCCGCGGACUGGGCGCUGCUCCUGUUCAGCGGGCAGCGGGCGCAGCGGCUGAGGCUGACGGAGGACAGCGACGCGUUCUCGGAGGCCGUGGAGGAAGGCACCGAGUUCCACUCGAGCCUCUUCCACAUGGUCGGCGACUUCGCGUCGCCCGACGCCCUGGACAGGAUCCGGGGCGUGGCCGCCCGCCACGUGGACGCCGUGUGCCAGCUGCUGCUGGCCACGCGCCUGCUCAGCUUCUCCUAG